CCCACGCGCCCGCGUGUUCGAGACGGAUCGGCGGAUCUAUUUCGUCAACGGCCAGGAGGAGAGGAGGCUGUCGGAGAAGCAGCGCACCAGGGGCGCCCUGAAAGACUUUGUCUACAAGCGCGAGCGACCGGCGGUGCAGGAGCUGGGCGAGGGGGAGGUCGACACCUUUCUCGAGGCUGUGGGAGCGGGCUCCUUCGCGCUGGUGGCGCGCGUCAGGCCCAAGUCCGCCAGAGCCAAGGCCUACCUGAAGGCCGUCGAGCUUCUGCUGGAUUUCCACAAGGAGAAUAUCUCUUGCGCGGCGGUCCGGCUGCCCCGCGGCGCGGACGCGAGGAAGGACGCCACGCUGGCCAUGUGGCGCCCGGGCUUCCAGGCGCCCGACGCGGAGUACCUGCAUUACGGCGAGUCCUGGCAUGCGGACAGCAUCGUUUUGUGGGCUAAGCGCGCGACCUAUCCAACUGUUGGCUCCAGGUUCUCCCUCGCGAAGUACUCGGCCCAGGCCGUCGAGGAGCUGGGCGGCUCAGCCUCCGUGGUCCUGCUGGCCAGCGAGCGCGACGCCCCCGCCGCCGCGGGCGGCGCGGAGGGGCUCCGGGCGCGGCUGGCGGAGGCGGUGCUGCCCCUCGCCGCCUCCGGCGGCCUCGGGGACCGCGGCUGGCGCUUCACCACCGCGGUGCUGGGCGGGCUGACCGAGGCGGGCAUGAGCAGCCUCGGCGUCAACAGCAGCUCGGGCUCGAGGGCCGUGGUGCUCAAGGGCAAGAGACGGUACGUGCUCGAGGGCCUGCAGGUCCUCCUGCAGGCGGGCCAGGUGGGGGAGCUGCUUGCCAGCGUGGAGGCCAGGCGGGCGAGGCCCUUCUUCAGGAGCGCACCGCCGCCGGCCAGGGACGUGGGCCCCGCGGGUGUCCGGGAGCUUGUCGGCAGCACCUUCGCCAGGGUGGCGCUGGACCCGUCCCUGGACGUCCUGGUGGAAUUCUACGCGCCGUGGUGCCCGCACUGCCAGCGGUUCCAGGGCGUCUAUGAGCAGCUUGCGCAGAAGGCGGCCGUCGACGGCUGGCGGGACCGCGGCGUGGUGAUCGCGAAGAUGGACGCCACGCAGAACGAGUGCGAGGAGGACGUCGACGGCUACCCUCUGCUGGUCCUCUACCCGGCCGUCAGGGCGGACAGGAAGUUCAAGCAGAGGGCGGUGUACGAGGGGAAGCACCGGCUCGAGGCGGUCGCCGAAUUCGUUCUUGCCCGCGCGGUGAACCUGGAGGCGUUCGAGGAGGUACACUUCACGAGGCAGAAGACGAUCCGCGAGCGCGAGCUGGAGCGGAGCCGGGCCGCGAAGAGGCAGAAGGCCCGCGAGGGCCACGGCAGCGGCCACGGCCUCUCCACCGAGCUCUGAGGGAUCCGGUCUCCUUCGCCUCCUCCCGGUGACGGCGGGCAGGGCAGGAGGGGGGCGGGGGGUGAGCAGGUGCCCAGCCGCAGGUAUUCCGCGACGCCCGUCUGGGCGCCCCGUCGCUUGCUUUGUUCAAUUCGCAGGUGCGACGCUCGAGGGUAGAGAGCCGUGCAUCCGAG